GGUUUGGAAUCGCAGAGGGAGAAGCGUGUUGGUGCUGAGGGUUAACAAUGGACACCCAGAAGGACGCCCAACCCCCCAAGCAGCAGCCAAUGAUAUAUAUCUGUGGAGAAUGUCACGCAGAAAAUGAAAUAAAAUCCAGGGAUCCAAUCAGAUGCAGAGAAUGUGGAUACAGAAUAAUGUACAAGAAAAGGACUAAAAGAUUGGUGGUUUUUGAUGCUCGAUGAAACGGAAUUCAGAAGAAUAUCUUUGUUUGCAUUUGGAUUUGCUGUUAUUAUUGCAUAGUUUUUGAUGAGUAUACUUAUCUUUGUGAAUACAACUACUAGUAUAUACAUGAUUUCAUUUUUAAAACCAUAUUGUAUUUAGGUAUCUGUUAUAAAGAUUUUUUUUUUGUUCA